CGAAACUUAGUGUUGCGAUGAAACCCCAGUAGAGUGUGUGUUGUGUGUGUGUGUGUGUGAGAGAAAGAGAAAGAGAGAGAGAGAGUGUGUGUGUCGUCGCUACAGAACACCUUCAUUUAACUCGACAUUCUCUUCAUUCCUGCUUCUCCUACAGUCUUGAGCAUUUCUCCCGUUGUCCUUCAUGGCUGAAGUGAUCGACGCCGUGGCUCUGCUGAGCCUCGAGGAAGAUCUGACAUGCAGCAUCUGCUUGUGUCCUUUCAACGAGCCGGUGAGUCUGAACUGUGGCCACAGCUUCUGCCACACGUGUCUCCAGGAGACUUGGAGCAGUACGAGUUCUUACUUCUGCCCUCACUGCCGCACACAUUACCACACCAAGCCAGACCUGAAGAAGAACACGGUGCUCAGUGCGGUGGUGGAAACCUUCAGGGCCAAAGCUGGAAGCGGCACGGGGUCAGACGAAGGGACAGACGGCAUCUUCGGUGCCGCCUGCGCGAUGCGCUCAUCGCGUUCCGAGCCCAAACCCAUCAUGUGUGACAUGUGCACCACGACCAAGGCAGUAAAAACAUGUCUGACUUGCAUCACGUCGUUCUGCUCAGAGCACGUGCGCCCUCACACGGAGAACCCUCUGUUCCGUGCGCACGAGCUGUGCGAGCCGCUCUCCGACCUCGCGGAACGUCUGUGUCUCGAGCACGGGAAGCUGAUGGAAUUCUUCUGUGCGCGGCACGAGAGGAGCAUCUGUAGCAGCUGUUUGCAGCAGAGUCACAAGGAGUGCGGGUUCUCCACCCCCAGCGAACAGCGCACGAAGAUCGAGACGGAUCUGAGGGACAAGCUGAACAUUCUGGAUGGGAAAACGGAAAAGAACCAGACGGUCAUAACACAGAUGAGGGAGCAGCAAAAUAAGCUCAAGGAAAUGUCGGCAGUGCGUAAGCGCGCUCUGGAGGCUGAGUAUCAGCAGAUCCGGGACAUGCUGCAGAGGGACGAGCGAGAGGCCAUGGACGCUCUGGAUAAAGAAAUGGAGAGCGGCAACACCAAGCUCAACACCCUGAUCAAGAAAUUUAACCAGAACAUUGAGAAGAUGAGCUCCACCAGAGCUGAGAUCACAAACCUGCUGGCCAGAUCUCACUCUCUGGACUUCUUACAGGCGUCUGUGGAAUUGCCCUCUGUGGUGAACUUCGACCCUUUCUCCCCUCGAAUCAACUUGGACUCUAAGCGUGUCAUCGCGUACCACUCCAACAUUGUUAACCUGAAGGAGCAGAUUAAUAAAAUCCUGCGUGAGCCGGUGGAGAACAGGAUAUUCCUCCUCAAACCAGUUUCGGGAAAGCCGGGCUCUGCUGAAAGUGAGACAAGUUACACAGGUGGCGGUGGAGCUUCAGGUAAUCCUCCAAACCCGAGGGAACCUGGUUCUGCCCCACGUGAAGACUCUGGAUCACAGCCCAAAGGUGGUCCUGGAGGAUCAAGGAGGAAACCACAACCGAGAGACAAAAAGGAGAAUCGAGAUCACAACGAGCGCAAAGAUCACAGAGAUCACGAGCGCAAAGAUCACAGAGAUCACGAGCGCAAAGAUCACAGAGAUCACGAGCGCAAAGAUCCCAAAGAUCACGAGAGCAAAGUUCACAAAGAUCACAAAGAUCCCAAAUCAGAAAAAAGUAGAAGAGGUCCUAGCAAAGGAAUGAAUUCUGCUAUGUCCAGGAGCAUGGAACAUCUGGAUAUGAAUAUGAAUAACAGACCUUUUGUUUCUGUUCCAGUGGAUAUGAGUCCGCCGUCAACCAUCAGCCCUGCUAUAAGGAGUGAACUGCUGAAGUAUGCCACCAUGCUCACCUUUGACUUCAGGACGGCACAUAAACGAGUGGCUCUCUCUGAGAACAACACCAAGGCGUCCGUAUCAGACGAUCCGUCUCCGUACCCAGACAUCCCACCUCGCUUCACCGUGUGCUCGCAGGUGCUCUGUAAUCAGAGCUUUUCUCAAGGUCGUCAUUACUGGGAGGUUAAAAUGAGCAGCAAUAACUUCUGCGGUUUGGGUCUGGCGUACGGCUCCAUCGAUCGGAAAGGUCCUUCCAGCCGUCUGGGCCGGAACACGCAGUCCUGGUGUAUCGAGUGGUUUAACAUCAAGCUUUCGGCGUGGCACAACAGCAGCGAGACCGUGCUGGCCAACCCGAACCCGAGCCGCGUGGGCGUCCUGCUCGACUGUGAUAACUGCACCGCCACCUUCUAUAACGUGCAGGACCGCGCCUACCCCAUCCACACCUUCGUCUUUCCUUUCUCCCAGCCCGUGUACCCGGCCUUCUGGAUCUUCUCCAGCGGCUCAUCACUUACACUUUGCAAACUGAGUAAUUAACACUGCAUUAUAAGUGUGUAGUGUUAGUGAGCAAAGUACGGUGUACAACAGAGAUCUGUGUAUUCGCUCUAAUCUAUAACUCCUAUAUAUAAAUAAUAACUCCCUUUAUAUCCCUGAGAUACAGAAAUAUUCAGAUUUAAACAUUUAAGAUAUAAUAUUUUACAGGCACAGUCAAUAUACGUACUAGUUGUCGAAAUCAGUGGUUGUGGUGAUUGUAUGACGUGAUUAAUGUUUGGUUGGUUCUGAUUGUUUAAUAUCACUAUAAUAUCUAAUCUCUCGCUACCUGUCGUUCACAUUAGCCCCGAUAAGCUCGUUAUUCAAGUCAUAUAAUUAUUAAAUGAAGGCCAAAGCCCAUAAUAUAUAACUACAUGGGACGUUUAAUGGUCACUUUCUAGUGUGAACAAAAGGUAAACCGACUCAGGUUUGUGAUUUUAUUUCUAAAUGAUCGUUAAGUAACGAUUAAAUGAGAGGAAGUCGGGUCAAAUUAGUAAUCCAGGUCUUUUAAAGGUUCGGAUGCUAAACUGCUCUCCUGUGGGUAAGAUCUAUAAUAUAAUGUGAGUAAUUUAAAGCAUUAUUAAUUCAUGUAUUGAAUUUUUUUGUCUCUUGCCUGUAGAUGUUUACUGACGAUCAGCUCUGUUUGUCUGAACCCUGACGAUUGAGUCAUUUACUUCACACACAGCUUUUAUUGCCAGCAGGCAAACCAGACCGAAGUUCACGGCUUGCGUGCUAGAGAGCAGAAGAAUCAAUAAGAUCUCGGUUACAAAUUGAUCUCGGGGUCGACAAACAUCUGUGGAGCUGCGGGACGUGAGACUCCGUGUUUAACAGAGUUACGUAUCGCUCUGCUGUGGAAGUUCAGGUGAACGUUGGCACUUUAUCAGCAUUUUAUUGCCUUAAAGGUAGGGGUGCCAUUAUAUCGCCAUGCAACCACACACACGCACACAGAAACCCCUCCACCCCCCGAGAGACAUCACAUUUUAAAACAGCUCAAACGGGCACGUGCUGAAGUCCAGUUCUGUCUCACACUAAUAACCAGACGUGUAACGAUCGCCACGACGACUUUGAUAUACAAAGAACCGCUUUGUGCGUCUGGAAAGGGCUUCAUGAUGAAACUGGAGCUUUUUAAGAAGCCAAGAGUAAUUUUCUGUCUGGUGCAGAAGUGGGUCAAGAAGUUAGAGAAGAUGCAGCUUGGGUCUUUAUAAUGUCAGGAUUUUCAGAUGAAGAGUUCUGGGCUUUGUGUUCUUGGAACUAGGAAGUAGUUUAUCUAAAUCAUGCCUCUUCCUCAAGUUAACAAGCUUUCGCUGUUUAAGGAACCUCGGUUUGUAUGUAGAUCCCAGGUGGACAGUUGGAGCUGGUGAGGGAACGAGGGUUUAUAUCUUCUUCCACUCUGUAGAGAACACGGGCAGUUCUGACACGCUAAACUCUGUGAGAGGAUGAAACUCUGUGUGCUCUUGUGUUCGAAUGUUCAGUACAUUUUGUCCUAACACACUCCAGAGGUGAGAUCUGAGCUGACCGUGUGUGGAGUGAAGGGAACAUCACUUUAUAGCAGCAACACAAACGUUCGUCUUUGUUGCUGCUGGAGAACAUCAUAGAAACGUCUUCAAGUAUUCUGAGAAGGUAUUUUAAUCUCAUCGUCUUGUAGAGUCACGAGCCGAAAUAUUGUGAUGUAUCUGAUUACGUCACACGCCUGAGUACGACGGGUCCGUCGUGGACAGACGGAGCUUUAAGGGUGUUUUGUCAUGUUGCGGUGUAGCUCGUGAUUGAGAGACAUUAAGAUUGAAAGCUUUGACUGUUUGUGUCUCGAAUUAUCAGGUUCAGGUCACUUUAAAGUGCCUGGAUAUCCUGAUGAGGACGGCGAGACCCGGGCGAUUCGACUCCCUGGGUGAUGACGGUAUGAAUUUGAUAUUCAUACGAGCCCAGAUGUCACCGAGCGCUCCAUCAGACACGGCUGAUAAUUCCGCUUAGGACAGCCACUGAUGUGCAAACCGUGAGCACGAGGGACUGAGGGUUUAUUUACUGAUCAUCAUUCGUUCUAAGAGAAACCGGAGAACCGAUCCGGGAUCAGGAGAAAGCGUCCGAUCUACUGAUGCUGUUCAGAAGUAGACCUCGGUCAGACAUGUCAGAUGACUCAAACACACACAGGCUUGUUGGUUCUCCUUUAGGGUGAAUUGGGUUUCGAAUCUUUCACCGUUUCUCAUGUAUUCGGUCUUGUUUUCACUCUAUAGAAUUAUUAUAUUUUGUGUCUGUAACGUGAUUAAAAUGUGCAGUGUUUCAUGUCAUGUGAUUAUAAUAUUAACACAAGAUAUUUCACUUCUUCUUGUUCACAUUUAAACAAACAUUUAACAGAUUUACCGUCUGUCCUUUACUCAGUUAAUGCAGAACGAUGGAAUAUUUCUGUUCUGAUUUGUGUUAAAUCAUCAGACGUUUUCAGAAAUUUCUCUUCUUUAUGUAACUGUGGAAAAUCUCCCUUUAUUCUGUUAUAACUACAAUAAACACACGUGCAUCCA